GCCUUUUGAAGAUAUGCCUCAAAGUGACAAGAAGGAGCCAUUGCAAUUGCCCCCAUUGCUCGAGCGACGCUACAAGCUCAUCCGUGAACUGGGUCAGGGUGCAUAUGGCGUGGUUUGUGCUGCAACUGACAUGUCUACUGGAAAGGAUGUGGCUAUUAAGAAAGUUCAUAAUGUAUUUCAGAAGCCCAUUCUUGCCAAGCGAGCUUUGCGAGAAAUUAAACUACUAACGCACUUUGCUGGUCACGAAAAUAUUACUUCUAUUCUAGACAUGGAAAUUGCCGACUUUACAAGUUUCAAUGAGAUUUAUAUUACUCAAGAACUCAUGGAGGCUGAUAUGCACCAAAUUAUUCGUUCUGAGCAACCCUUGACAGAUGCACACUACCAAUACUUUAUUUAUCAAAUAUGUCGCGGUCUCAAGUAUAUUCACUCUGCUAAUGUGCUUCACAGAGAUCUUAAGCCAGGAAAUCUGUUGGUCAAUGCUGACUGUGAGCUCAAGAUAUGCGACUUUGGACUUGCACGUGGACUGAUGGAUACCCAGGAUUCUGGAUUUAUGACAGAAUACGUAGCAACAAGAUGGUACCGCGCACCAGAAAUUAUGCUAGCAUUUAGAAAUUAUACCAAAGCCAUUGAUAUGUGGUCUGUUGGAUGCAUUUUUGCGGAGCUUCUUGGUAGUAAACCACUUUUUAAAGGCCGUGACUAUGUUGACCAAUUGAAUCAGAUUCUGAGUGUUCUUGGAACUCCUGAUGAUGAGACACUAUCUAGAAUAGGAAGCGAUCGUGCACAGAUGUAUAUUCGAAGCCUUCCUCAAAUGCCCAAGAUCCCAUUUGUCAACUUGUAUUCGUCUGCAUCAGAGCUUGGUAGUGUGUUUUUACAUGGGUUAGAGAUGCUAGAAGGGCUUCUCAAGUUCGAUCCCGCGACUCGCAUGACUGUUGAUGAGGCAUUGGUUCAUCCUUACCUCGAGGCAUAUCAUGAUCCUGGAGAUGAGCCAGUACAUGAUCGACUAUUUGAUUUUUCGUUUGAAAUUGUCGAGUCUAUGGAUGAUAUGAGAAAGCUCAUUUCGGCUGAAAUUCGUGAAUACAAACAUUCCCAAGAGUCGAGUAGUCAAAUGGGACUUGGACGAGCACAACUACCGCUUAACGUUUCAGAGAGGGCGGAUGGAAUAGAAGGGCAAGAGGAUUACACAACUGGUGCCAUGGAUGUGGAUGAAGAGCUUCGAAUGCGAGAUUAUUGA